AUGACCGCCAGUGCUCUCUUCCUGCAGCAAUUGCUACUGCUGCCGCUGCUUCUCCAGAUGCCUCAGACAGUCGCACUCCAGCGGCUCGUCAUCUCCCGCGCAGACGCCGCCACGUCUGUUCUUUUCGGCCGAACGCUUGUGCCAUUGCAGCUCUCAGCGCGUGUGCAGACGGACCCUUCGACGAACUUGCGAGCCGUCGCCCCCGUCACGUUGGACUCGUUUGUGGUUGGCGACCAGUGGAUACUGAACAACUGGCGCUCGCCGCUGGCUCAAGUGCUGGGAACACAGUCGCGUCCAGAGGCGUUCGUGGUGGAUGUGCAGCUCAGCGCACCGACGGACGUGAACGUCUCGACGCUGUGGCUCCAAGCGGACGAUGCAGUGCCGGACGAGGAGGUGGAGCUCACGGUCGUCUGUGGACGUGACGCUCUGCGGGGGCUCACGGGACUGCUACAGAUCCACGUGGACGGCAUGAAGGCGACGUUUGGAAACGGGUGGCUGCCUGAGAGAACGCACUUGACUCAGUUGGUCAUUGAUGCAGCUGCAGUGGAGGAGUUGGUGGUCGCGACGUCAGUGACGAUAGAGCAGAUGGUCAUCCGUCAUAGCAACUUGUCGUCGUUCCCGACAUCGGUGCUGGGCUUGGAGACGGCAGUAACGACACUUGUGCUGGAGCACAACAGGAUUGCAGGGCCUAUUGAGCUAACGGAGAACGAGUACGCUCAUCUUUUGGACAUCUCGGACUUCCGAGCAGCGGACAAUCGUGUUGAUAUGGCACGCAGUGGAUCGAAACCCUGUGCGAAGGAAGAGAUGAUUGGUGAUCUGGCGAUUUGCAUCGUCAAGGACGUGCAGCGCUUCGCCACGUCUGUCGGCGUUGGGAUUGUUGGCAGUAGUACUGUGCGAAGUAGCAGAAGGCUUGGAGCGCGUUCGGCCAGUACUGUCGUCACUCGUGAUGAAGCACCGACAACUAUUGUUGUGCUGACUAGCGCGUGCACGGCGGUUGUGGUAGUAGUUGCGAUUGUGGUGAUGUCUUUCUUCCGUCGUUUUAAGAAAAAAGCAAGCAAACUUGUCGACAAGCGACGUAGUUCGUCUAGUCGUGAUGACAGCUCACUUGCUGGCUCUGGAGGUGAGAGGCUGUCAGGACCAAUGGAAGCAAGUGAGGCAAAAGUUAUAGCAGACAUGGAUCUUGGCAAGGGCCAGGUGCAGCUUUACAAGAAGCUAGGCGCUCAAGGCCUGUGGCUUGGCGAGUACAAGGACACGCAGGUUGUCGCGCUGAAGUUUGUACCUCGAGAGCUAGACAUGUCGACCAAGGAGACAAACGCAGUCCGGAUGUCGUACGUCCAGCUUCGACAUGACAACAUUGUGUACUUCUUGGGGUCGAGCUGGACAGACUGCGAAGAGGUCCUCAUCGUGGUGGAGCAUAUGGAAAAGGGCAGCUUGAGAUCAGUGUUAGCCGAUACGAAGAUUGAUCUCACGUGGCCUCAGCGGCUUCAAAUGAGCAACGAAAUCUGCAGCGGAUUGCACUUUGUGCGCUCAAUGAAAGGAAUCAACUUGUCUCGCAACUUGACGGCCAAGAGUGUGCUCCUUGACGCGCAACUUGUUUGCAAAAUGGACAUUUUCGACUACGCUUCGAGUUUACGUACCGAGUGGGGACCUGCACGGUCAUACGGACACGGAGACAUAGCGUCGCGGGCACCGGAAUUGCUCAAGGGCGAGGAGAUCACUGCUGCAGCCGAAGUGUACGCACUGGGAGUCAUUUUCUGCGAAAUCUCGUUGCGAAGCAAGCUGUUUAAGCACGUACUCGACGAACGCGGGCCCACUUUGGCUGACAUUUUUGUCGCAACCGAGGUAGUUGCACAGCGGUUAAAGCCGUCACCUGCAGAGGAUGCUCCUGCUAGUUACCGCGCCUUGACGAUCCGAUGUCUCAGCUACGAGCCGUCUGAACGGCCGCAGCUGAGCGAGGUCCUGGACAUGCUUUCCGCGUGA